AUGCUCAAGAAGGUGGCCAACUUCUACAACAACAUGGCUUCGCAGGUGAUCCUCGUGCAAAAGCCGAUGCUUCUGGAUUCCCUGCUGGCCUUUGAAGAGGUGGUGAUGCAGCCAACCCUAGCCAGGAAGGGAAAAGACGGAAGCACGCGGACUUCGGUGACUUGGAGUAAUCCCGUGGAGUGUGAGAACUACGUGGAGAGGCUUCAGCGGGCGGCCGACACUUUGUCCAUGGAGAAUAGACGGUUGAGAAAGGUGCAUGCUUCGCUGUCAUCCCUCGUGUCGGGCAUCAUGUCUAUUGACCUCCUUCGGCAAAGAGACCGUUGGAAGACGCACUGGGCUCAAAUAAGGGAAGUGGUGAGCGGCAUUCAAGCGAAGUACUCGGCUUCAAGUGUGGAGCAGUGGAUCACCUACUGGGACCACCAGAUGUACAAGGCCCUCGAGGCGGGAUAUCAGAUGGGCCUCGAAUCUCUAAACGAAAACCUCGGAGAGGUUCGGGCCGAGCUAGUCUUCACGCAACGUUUGCUUCAGUUCAAGCCCCCGCUGGAAGAGCUGCGCGCCUCCUACUACCGAGACACCAAGAAGUUCGUGAGCAUCCCGAACCUCUUCGAGGGCUUCGGCAACGUAAAGGUGUACCAUAAGAUGGCAGCCGCCAACAGCAAGUCGCUCCUUCGCGUGUACGAGAAAGCUGAGGGCAUCUUCCAGCGCCUUGCCGCGCUCGUGGAGACGUACAAGGGUUGGACGGUGCUGGGUCAGGUAGACCUCGACAGCUUCGUCGACUCCCACGUCGCGGCGGCGCAGGAGUUCGAGGAAAACUUCAAGGCCGUGAAGAUUCGCAGGAGGGAAGCGGAAAAGCUGCCCGAGAUAAUCAAGGUGGACUGCAUCACCGUGAGCAUGUUUCCGUUCAAGGCCUGCAUCGAGGACCAGCUGCAGCGCCUGGCCGAUGCCCUCACGGUUUCCCUCAGGAACGCGGUGCUUUCGAACUUCAAGGCUGUCGAUGUGUUCCUGGAAGACUCGAUGGAAAAGCUAAGCAGGCGGCCCCGCACCAUCGACGACAUCGGCGAGGCGAAGCGUGACUGGAAGGAGAUGGAGUCCAAGAAGGAUGACAUUCGACGGCUCUCGAGCAAGUGCGUGGGUCUCAAGGCUCUCCUUUUGCAGCACGCGCCCGGAAACCAGGUGGACGCAUCAGAGGCGAUUUCUAAGAUGGCCGGAUUAGACGGGGAGGGCGGAAGGUGGGACGAGUUCGACAUCGCGGCGGAGGCUUUCCAGGAGAUGGUAGAAGAGCAGAAGGAGAGUCUGAAGGGCGUUCUCGAGGAGGAAGUCAUGCAGUUAAAUCAGAUGAUCGACAAGUUUGGUGCGAGGUGGCGAGCGCUGAAGCCCCAGGAGAUGAAAGAUUGGUCUACGGCUGAGGUGGAGCGGGUCUUCACUGCGCUUGGCGACUGGCGUGAGCAGUUCCAGGAGCACCAGAGCAAGGCGGAAACCCUCAAGGAAAACUGCGUGUCGUUCGGAAUGCCGGCGCCACGACUGGAAGGGGUGGACGCCAUCGAGGAAGACUUAACGGCCACCGAGUCAAGCUGGGCCCUCUACAAAGAGUACAGCUCCGAGCUAAAGGCCCUGGCGGAUCAGGACUGGAUCAGCUUCCGACCGAAUGUCUUCGCGCUGCAAGACCUCGCCACCAAGUGGAUCGAGGUCAUCAAGGCCCGUCUUGCCGAGGCACAGCGAGCGGACACGGUUACGGAGCACAUCCACCAGGAGCUGGAGCGAAUGAGAAAGGCAACACCCACCCUAAAAUAUUGUAGAGGCGAGCCUUUCAAGGAGGAGCAUUGGAGCGCACUCUUGCAGGGAAAGCUUGGUCUCGACCGCAGCGUGCGUCUGGAGAACCUCAUGGUCAGCCACUUUUUGUCGGCGAUGGACCGCUUGGCGGACCCGGCGCUGCUGCAGUUCGUCAAGCAUCUGCAGUCAAGGGCACAGGGAGAGGUUACCAUCCGUGAGGCUCUCCAAGAGCUGGUGGCAUGGUCCCAGACCGCCGAGCUCAAGCUGGUCGAUCACGAGGAGAACGGCCGGAGGACCCCGCUCAUCCGCGACUGGGGCGACGUCUUUCUCGAGCUGGGCGACAAGCAGAGCCUGUUGGCGUCCCUGAAAGAGAGCCAGUUCUUCAAGGCCUUCGAAGACCAGGGAAUCACGUACGAGGUAAAGCUCGGCGUGUUGGACUACGCUCUGCACACCCUGAACCAGAUCCAGAGAAAGUGGGUUUACCUCGAGCCAAUUUUUGGGAUGGGCGCCUUACCGGCGGAGCAGGGACGAUUCCGCCGCGUUGAAGAAGAGUUUCGUGACAUCAUGGCCAAGGUCGAGAUCGACCGUCGCCUGUUCUCGUUGGCGGAUGAACAGCUUUUCCCCGACCUCCGCGGGCAGCUGGGCGCGUCCCUGGAUCAGUUGGAGAGGUGCCAGAAAGCCUUGUCCGACUUCUUGGAGGAGAAGAGGUCGGCCAUGCCAAGGUUCUACUUUAUCGGUGACGAGGACUUGCUGGAGAUUCUAGGGCAGGCGAAGAACCCGACUAUCAUCCAGGCUCACCUCAAGAAGCUUUUCCAAGGAAUUCAUGGCGUGGAGUUCAACAAGGAAGAGACGCAGAUCAUCGCUAUGCUCAGUUCUGCCGGGGAAAAGCUAGGUGUUCUCUGUGUCUUUACCGCCGAAUACUGGUGUGGGGAGUCCAUCCCAGUGUUCGAGUAUCAGCCCCAACCUCAUACGCCUGGGUGGACGCAGGUGUCCCUGAACACCCCCGUGCCGGUGUCGGAGAGAGUGGAAGAGUGGCUGGAACACCUUAACGUCGAGAUGAAAGGAACCCUGACGUCUCUUCUUCAGGAAUGCCUGCGUGGGCAGAUCGACUACGAGCGGUUCCCGAGCCAGCUGCUGUGCCUCGCCGAACAAAUCAAGUUCUGCGACCACGCGGAGGUAGCCGUUUCCCAGGGUGAUGUGAGCGGGCUCAUGCAUCCUCUUCGGCAGCUGCUGGAGCAGUACACCGCCUACGACCUGUCGUCACGGCCCCUCAUGCAGCUUAAGAUCAAGGCACUCGUACUGGACCUGGUGCAUAGCAUGGACGUCGUAGAUCAGCUUCAGAAGAACGCCGCCGAGUCGGUGGACGACUGGAUAUGGCAGAAGCAACUGCGAUACUAUGUCAAGGGCGGGAGCGCCAUCAUUAAGAUGAGCAGCGCGAGGUUCGGCUACUCCUACGAAUACCAGGGAAACGCCCCAAAGCUCGUGCACACUCCCCUCACCGACAAGUGCUAUCUAACGCUGACACAGGGCAUGCACAUGGGCUUUGGAGGAAACCCUUACGGUCCCGCGGGCACAGGGAAGACAGAAUCUGUCAAGGCGCUGGGGCAAGCGUUCGGCCGCCAAGUGCUUGUGUUCAACUGCGACGAGGGAAUCGACUUUCAGAGCAUGGGCAGGAUCUUCAUUGGCCUGGUCAAGUGCGGUGCCUGGGGCUGCUUCGACGAGUUCAACCGCCUCAAGGAAGAUCAGCUGUCGGCCAUCUCGCAACAGAUUCAGAUCAUCCAGGACGCCAUCAAGGCUAAACGACCAUCUCUGAGGAUUCUCGGUCGGGAAAUCGAUGUGGACUUGAACGCCGGAAUCUUCGUGACCCUGAACCCGGCAGGGAAGAAGUACGGAGGUCGCAGCAAGCUUCCCGACAACCUCAAGGCGCUCUUCCGACCCGUUGCUAUGGGACGUCCGGACAAUGAGCUCAUUGCCGAGGUGAUACUGAGCUCCGAAGGGUUUACUGGCGCAAAGGACUUGGCGUCGAAGAUUGUGUCUAUGUUCACGCUGUCGAAGCAGCUAUUGUCCAGGCAGCAGCACUACGAUUGGGGACUUCGGGCUUUGAAAGCGGUUCUCAACACUGGCGGCAAGCUCAUUCAGGCGGCGAAACGAGAAGGAAAUCCUAUCGACGCUGCCGGCGAGCGUGAGCUACUGAUCAAGGCGGUACGGGUCAACACCCUGUCCAAGCUCACCUACGGCGACACCCGGCAGUUUCUCGCUCUCAUCGGGGACGUGUUCCCGGGAGCGGAAAGCAGUGACAUCCCUGGGGGUGAGCUGGAGGAAGCUAUCCGCGAGGUGAUGACGGCGAAACCAUUUUUCCUGGAGGUCAACGAUGCGCAGGUGCGCAAGAUGCUGCAGCUAAAGGAGGCCUUAGACCAGAGGAUGGGUUGCGUCAUCGUCGGCCCUAGCGGCUGCGGGAAGUCCACCCUGUGGUCAAUCCUGCGACACGCCAUGAUCAAGUGCGGGCAAGCGGUUAACACCCACGUGGUCAACCCCAAGAGCAUGCCUCGCCAGAGGCUGCUUGGGCACAUGGACUUGGAUACACGCGAGUGGUUUGACGGGGUGCUGACCGCCGCUGCCCGGAAGGUCGUCAAAGAGCCGCCAGAGGUGAAGUCGUGGUUGGUUUGCGACGGGGACGUGGACCCCGAGUGGAUCGAGUCUCUUAACUCGGUGCUGGACGACAACCACCUCCUCACGCUGCCCAAUGGCGAGCGGAUCAACUUCGGAAGCAACGUCAACUUCGUCUUUGAGACCCACGACCUCAAGUUCGCUUCGCCUGCGACAGUCAGCAGAAUGGGCAUGAUAUUCCUCUCCGACGAGGACGUAGACGUAAAACGUCUCCUGGCGAGGUGGAUCAAGACACAACCCGAGGACCUCCGAGGGGGCUUGGCGGGCUGGGUGGACGACAUGUUUUAUAGGGGUUUGGACUAUGUGCUGGAUCGGGAAAUGGUUGUAGACACCACAUUGGUGGGCACUGUCCUCAACGGCCUUGUUCAGGUGGCGGGUUCGACCUCGAAGGCGGACUUCGCAUGCGGGGUGAUUCGAGGACUCGGAGGAAACCUCAGCCUCGCCGACCGAAACUCCUUCGCGAAAGAGGUUUUCCAAUGGGCAGGCGAACGGCCGCCGGACAUCUCGUGCCCUCUAGACUGCUACAGCGACCGCGGCGCACUCACAUCGUACCCUACGGUGCCCUCCGACGGGGGGCUGGGUGCCUCUUCUGACGACGGCGGCGGCGGCGGCUGUAUCGGUCCUCAGUCGGUCGUGCCGACGGUAUCGGUUCAGCGUGCUUUGAGCAUGAUGGAGCCGUGGAUAGAGAACAGCGAGCCGUUCAUCCUUGUAGGCCCCGAGGGCUGCGGAAAGGACAUGAUCAUUCGAUACGCGUUUUCGUCUGAGGGCGUGUCGCGUGGGGGUGGGCGACCACGAGCAGGAGGAGCGGGUAGCAAGCGCGUAAAGACGAGCAUCACCGUGCUCCACUGCAACGCCAGAACUACGGCGGAACACGUCAUCACAAAGGUAGCCCAAACGUGCAGCCUUUUCAGCGCCCCUGACGGAAGGGUCUACAGACCGAGGGACUGCGAACGCCUGGUGCUGUACCUCAAGGACAUCAACCUUCCGAGGCCCGACAAGUACGACACGUGCAUGCUCAUAGCGUUCCUGCAGCAGGUUCAGACGUUCGGCGGCUUCUAUGACGAGGACCUCGAGUUCCUGCGGCUUGAAAGGGUUCACCUGGUCGCCUCGAUGAACGCGGCUACAACGGUGGGGCGGCACCCACUGUCAUCGCGGUUCACGGCCACGGUAAGGAUCGGCGUGCUUGACUAUCCCGAUGGGAGCGAGCUGUGCUCCGUCUACUCUGCGUUCUUGGGGAAGGCACUGGGCACAGGGUCUACAGAUGCGAGAUGGAGCAGGCCAUCCGAAAGGGACAAGCUCUCCAAGAUGAUGGUCGAUCUAUACGAUCAGGUCAAGGGAAGGUUUUCGGUGGACGAGCAUCGGCACUACCUUCUGACCCCACGUGACCUAACCGCAUGGGUGCGGGGGCUGCUACGGUACGAGCUGAACAGCGAACAAGUGUUGGACUGCGUGGCGUAUGAGGCUCAACGGCUCUUUCGCGAUCGGCUUGCCGACUCCGAUUCAAGGACGAGAUUCGACGGGAUGCUCAACGCCCAGCUCCGAUCCGUGUGGGGGCACACCGCUGACCUCACCGGGAUCUACUUCACAACUCUCGGGGAAGGAGUGCGACACGCCGGAGCCACUUCGGAAGAGCAGGACCUAGAGGGUUGUGCGGCCGAGCAGGUGCUGAAGCGGUUGGACCAGGAGCGGCUCAAGGAUGCUGUCAAGCAAGGCCUCGUGUAUUUCGAAAGAGAGGAGAGGGACCUGCACAUGCUCCUUUUCCCGGAGGUUCUCGACCAGAUUGCGCGUGUGGAUCGUGUUCUGAGCGGUCAGGGCGAGCACCUUCUUCUAGUCGGUCGCAGCGGGGUGGGAAGACGGGAGGCCACGGUUCUAGCCGCGUACAUGCAGGGAUGCGGCUUGUUCACCCCGGCGGUAACGAGAGGUUUCGGCUUGGGCCAGCUCGAAACGGUGCUCAAGUCCGCGAUGCAAGCGUCCGGGGUGGAGGGCCAGCCAUCUGUGCUCUUGAUCGAAGACCAUCACGUCACCUCGGACGACAUUCUGGAGACGAUAAACUCUCUUCUCAGCGCGGGGGAAGUGCCGGGGCUGCACAGCCAGGAGGAACUGGAGCCCCUGUUGGCACCUUUGAAAGAGCAAAUGAGAGAGGACGGGAACCACAAGACGACCUACGACUUUUUCGUCAGCCGGGUGCAGAAGAACUUGCACGUGGCCCUGUGCAUGGACCCCACCAACCCGCGAUUUGCGGUCCGUUGCGAGUCGAAUCCGGCCCUGUACAACCGGUGCACCUGCUUAUGGUUUGGGCAAUGGCGACGUACGAGCUUGCGCCUCGUCCCCAGAAUGAUCGAGGGGGUGAGCGAUCUAUUGGAGGGGCGGGACACCGACGAGAACAGCUUGGACGACUUCGAUGGCCGGCAAGAGGCGAAGCAAAGGGAUCACUACGAUGAGGACGCGGCGGAGUCUAAAGGAGGGGAACGGAAGAGCGCUGCCCGAGGAGAGAGCAAGACCGCAGGAGACAGCAAGAGCGCCGGGGGCAGUAGGAGGCGUAACGACAGCGGGAGAAGAGCAGCGCAUAGCCCACCAGGCCUCUUGGGAGAUGCCCUCGCGGACAAGAUCGUAGAGAUGCACGAGUCGUGCUCGGAGAGCGGCAUGGUGGGCACAGACACUACGGGAGCAACAACGCCAGCAUCCGGAGCCGGAGGAGGAGGAGGGCGGGAUAGCGGGGCGGUGGGGAAGACUUCGUCCUCCGCGUCGGCUACUCCCAAGGAGUACGUGUCGUUCUUGAGGAGCUGGUUUGACAUGCACGAAUCAAAAAAGGGGUCUUUGCGAGAGGAGCUGGGACACCUAACAGCGGGUCUGAGCAAGCUAGAGGAGGCAUCGUCGACCGUGGAUGACCUCAGCAAAAACGCUGAGAAAAAGAAAAAGGAACUCCAAACAGCUCAGGUGGCUGCGGACAGUGCCAUGGAACAGAUCGCGACGGCCCUCUCAGAAGCAAGUCUUCGUAAAGGAGAAACGGAGAGGCUCAAGGAAGAUCUCGCCGUCAACGAAAAGGCCACUCAAGGCCGUAAGGGCGACAUUGAACAGGAACUGAGCCACAUCCAACCGGUCUUGGACAGCGCCAAGCAAGCGGUCGGACAGAUCAAGUCCGACCACAUCAACGAAAUAAGGUCGCUCAAGAUGCCACCGGAGCCAAUCGCUGACGUAUUGGGGGCUGUCCUCAUGCUGCUGGGUAUUCGUGACACGUCGUGGCUUUCCAUGAAAAAGUUUCUCGGCAAUCGUGGCGUGAAAGAAGACAUUCUUAAUUUUGAUGCCCGCCGCAUCGAUCCUCAGCUUCGUGCAAAGGUUACCAAGCUCUUGACUCAGAAGUCAGCCAGCUUUGAGCACGCCAACAUCUACCGCGUCAGCGUUGCCGCUGCUCCCCUCGCAACAUGGGUCAAGGCCAACAUCAAGUAUUCUACCAUCUUGGAAAAGAUCCAGCCGUUGGAAGAGGAGCUUCAUGAGGCAGUAGCUGCAUUGGACAAGUCGCAGGCCAGGCUGACGCAGUGCGAGGAAGAGCUAGCGGCAAUCGACCGCAAGGCGGCACAGCUGAAAGAAGAGUUCGCCCAGCGGACGAGGGAGGCGGAGACGCUUCGUGCUGGGUUGGAACGGGCCCAGGGGAUCCUGACUAAGGCGCAACGGCUGGUGUCGCAGCUCGGAGGGGAGCAACAGCGAUGGCAGGACCAAGCCAUGUCGCUCGCCGACGCGCUAGCGACGCUGCCCCUCAAGAUGCUGCUGGCAGCUGGCUUCGCCACGUACCUUGUCAGACACCCGGAGAACACCCGGAAAGCCAUGUUGGAGCUUUGGUCGGAGGCACUAGGUCUACCGCCUGGGUUCUCCUUCCGCGGUCUGAUGUCCACAGAAUCACAGCUGUUGGUUUGGAAAGGCGAGGGGCUCCCUGCAGAUGACCUGAGCCAGGAGAACGCUCUGGUACUGGCAAACAGCCCUGGGCGGGUGCCCUUCAUCAUCGACCCUGCCAACGCGUGUACCGCCUGGUUGCAGUCUUUCCUGGCAAAGGACGCGAGCCGGCCUCUGGAAGUAGUCUCCGCGGCCGACGCACGUUUUACCUCGAGGGUGGAGCUGUCGGUGAGGUUCGGAAAGACGUUGCUUGUGCUGGAGUGUGACGGGGUGGAGCCCAUGCUUUACCCGUUGAUACGGCAGGAUCUCGUGCACCAAGGGCCUCGCUAUGUCGUGCAGGUCGGGGAUAAGCUCAUGGACUACAACGAGAACUUCCGACUCUUCAUGGUGACGAGAAACCCUAAACCAGAGCUUCCACCGGACGCAAGCGCGCUGGUGUGCGAGGUCAACUUCACGGUCACAAGGUCCGGUCUGGAAGGCCAACUGCUCGGCGUAACGAUCCAACACGAGCAACCAGAGCUUGAGAAAGCCAAAUCUGAGAUGCUGCGGCAAGAGGAGGGUUUCAAGGUACGCCUCGCGGAUCUUGAGAAGGGUUUGCUGGAAGCCUUGGCCACAGCCGAGGGAGACCUUCUCGAAGACACGAGCUUGAUCGAGAGGCUGAGCGAAACUAAAACGACUGCCGCAGAGAUUCAGGUUUCGCUCGAAAAGUCGGCGGAGGCAUCUCAGGAGCUCGAUAGACAGCGAGACGUGUACCGGGACUUCGCCAGGGCAGGAUCUACCCUCUUUUUCUUGGUGGAAGCCAUGCAGGCGAUGAGCCCGAUGUACAAGUCAUCCCUCGCCAGCUUUGUGAGACUCUUCCAAGCGUGUCUGUCGGAGGAAAAGCACCAACCGGGUCUUCCUGCUCCUCGUUCAAGGCGAGGGAGUUCCUCAUCGGAAGCAGCAUCGGCGUCGGAGGUCGGGGACAGGCUGGCCAGGCUAACACCGGCUCUGCAGAUUAGGGUUUUGUACUUCGUUGGGAGAGCUCUCCUGAAGGAAGAUCGACCAACGUUCGCGCUGCACCUGGUUCACGGCAUGAAUCCGCACCUGUUUCAGCCGAACGAGUGGGAGGUCUUCACAGGGCAGCUGGGGUCGGUGGCGGGUGUCUCCGAGGCAGGCCGCCCUAGAGGGUUUCCCCCCUGGGCGUCGCCAGAUCGAGAGGAGGCGUUUGGGUUGCUAGCGGAGUACCUCCCGCAUCUGGUACAGGCGGCUGAUUUGGCGGACGCCGAGCGGUGGCGUCGGUGGGCGACAUCGCCGGAGUGCGAGCGCGAAUUCCCCAACAUUCGGUCGGUGUCCCUGUUCCAACGGGUUCUCCUGGUGCAGGCCCUUCGGCCGGAUAGGUUGCAGUCGGCCCUGCACCAGUUCGCCUGCGACGUGCUCCGAGUGACGUCAUUGUCGCCGCCGGCGCUGUCGCUAGAACAGCUUUACCAGCAGGAGGCAUCUGCAACCAUCCCGAUCCUCCUGAUCACCACUUCUGGCGCAGACCCGGGGAGGGAAAUGGAGGAGCUCGCGGAGAGGACCGUCGGUCGAGGAAGGUAUCAAGAGGUGGCCAUGGGAGGAGGGCAACAGGAGAUCGCCGUCACGUUACUACGAUCAGCCGCUCAAGCAUGGUAG